AUGGCUCAGGCUGAAAAUGCAGCUGCAGGUUUCAAUAAUAGCAGCAACAUUCAAAAUAAUUCAGCCUCAUCUUUGAAGAAUGAAGAACCACCAACACAGUGA